AUGGAUCUCACAACUGGAUGUCGUUACAAAGCUAGAAUAAUGCAGAAUUAUUCAUGUAAGAGUCUUUCUUUCACUUUCGUAGGUCACGGAGGAGUUAACCAGUUAGGCGGAAUGUUUGUGAAUGGGCGCCCUCUACCGGACAUGGUACGACAGAGAAUUGUCGAAAUGGCUCACCAGGGUAUCAGACCUUGCGAUAUCAGCAGACAACUGAGAGUAUCACAUGGUUGUGUAUCCAAAAUCUUAGGAAGGUUCUAUGAAACAGGAUCCAUUAAACCUGGCGUUAUUGGCGGUAGUAAGCCUAAAGUAGCAACUCCAAGGGUGGUAGAAGCCAUUUCUAUGUACAAAAAACAGAAUCCUACAAUGUUUGCUUGGGAGAUCAGAGACAGACUUUUAGUGGAUGGAGUUUGUGAUCAAGAAAGCAUCCCCAGCGUCAGCUCUAUCAACAGGAUCGUACGUAACAAGGCUACUGAGAAAGCUAAACAUUAUACUUUGCCUCAACAAGAAAACAGUGUAAGCCUGGAAAGUCAGAGUACAUCCAACACCACGUCGGUGAUCACUCAAGCUGCUACUCCGUCUCAAGAACAGCGACAGUCCUAUUCUAUCAACGGUAUUCUGGGAAUAGCGAGUGCGGCUGCAAAUGGCAACAAGAGAAAACGCGAUGAAAUUCAUGAAGUUGAUAAUGACCACAUAAUACAAGAAGAGGAGUAUAAGAGACAACGAAGCCAGUACAACGGAGAUCAACUCUACAGCAAUGAUACUUCUCUUCUGUCCUAUCAGAUGUGGCCAAAGUGGUGUAGGCCGGAUGAUCUAAAAGGUAUUGUCGCCGACUUGCCUACGGAUAUCCCCAACGGAUCUCCAUAUUCCCUGCAACAAUUUCCAUCUUCCCCUGAGCAAGCCUUUCCGCCCCUAGUUUCAUCACCAGAGAAUGAUCAUUUAAAGCCCGAGGGUCUACAUCUAUAUGAUGGUACCAUGAAUUCCGCACAUUCCCAGGUUCAGUCAACGGCAAUUUACUCGCCGCCUCUAGCUAUGGCGUGUUAUGACGUCAUACCUUCGCAUGUUUUCCCAUUAGGCGGAAAUGACAUAGAAAACAGUCCCUCUCCUGCAAAAGCUGACACCCCUAGUUCCUCGUCGCUCACCGUGCUUCAACCUGUUCAGAAUACAACAUUUAAUCCAAACAGCCCAUACGAUCCCUAUGACUCUUAUGGACAAUACCAAGAAGGAGGAACAUGUAUCGUAUCAACAGAUGUCGCUGGUGACUAUACACGUUCCGCCCCAUACAUCAAUUAUUCUACUACUUCAUCUUAUGGUGACAAUCAAUACGGUUCAAACGAUCUCGUCAAGGACAACACGGAAGCAAGCAUAGGUCCAUAUGAAACUGUGUACAAGGAAGAUCCUAUCUCCUUGGAUGAUGUCAGUCAAGUAGUGAAACAGAUGAGAAACAACAAAUCUCCAGGACAUGAUGACUUGUCUGCAGAGAUGGUGGGGAAGGCAUAUUGA